CCUGCCAAAUAAUAUAUAAAUGUGAUUACAGCAUUUCUGCGGUUCAGACAUUAAUAAUAUUCAUUUACGGUAAUACGCCGAUUUUUACAGUUAAUUUUUUCUAACUCUCGGUUGGUGCUUGGUGUUUUUCGUUUUCCAGUUUCGAAAGAGAAAAACUGAUAAAAUGUCUAGAGUACUAGCAGCACUAGUAGUUCUAUGCGUCUUAACAGUUAAUGUUCUCUGUGCCGAUGAAAAGGCCGCCGAAGCGACUGGAGACAGACCGAAAACCUUCAGAAGGCUUAUACCAGCUGAUGUGUUGAGAGAUUUCCCCGGCGUCUGUUUCGCAUCUACUAGAUGCGCUACCGUAGAACCCGGCGAAUCUUGGGAAUUAGCUCCAUUCUGCGGACGUUCCACCUGCGUUAAAUCGGACGCCGAAGAAAACGGCGAAUACCACUUAUUCGAACUCGUCGAAGAUUGCGGACCUUUACCGAAAGCUAACCCGAAAUGCAAACUUUCUGAGAAAACCAACAAAACCGCUCCUUUCCCCGAAUGCUGUCCAUCCUUCGAAUGUGAACCUGGUGUAAAACUCGAAUACCCAGAUAUCCCACUCGUCGCCAACAGCGAAGCAUCAUCCAACACCACAGCCAAACCCACUAAAGCUUAAGUUGUGCACCGAUAAUAUAAUAUGUCUCAAAACAGUGAUUUUUUUGAUUUUUUUUUUCUUUUGUACGUUUAUCAUCUCAGUGUGUAAAAUAGACGCGGUAUUUGAUGUACAAUUUUUUUUUCAUUUAUUAAGCGUAUAAAUUGAGUGAUAUUUUUUCUUCCUAAAUAUAUUUUUAAUAAUUGAUAUACCUAUUUUUUUUCUCGUGUAUAUAUGUAUUUUAUAAAAAUACGUAGAGAAUCUUAUUUUUUCAGCUACGUUAUUUAGUCAACGUUCGUACGAACGACCACGGUUGGAUUUCUCAUUUUUUUUUUUUCGUUCUUUCAUUCUUUCUAGCCUAUUUUGUGUUAAGAAAAUUAUACCUAAAUGACUAAUACAUAAAUUAUCUCUCUUGUGAA